UAGUAAUGAUGAAGGCUCAGCUUUUCUUUGGUCUUUCACUGGCGGCCAUCUUCUUCUUCUCCGGUGCUAAAUCAGCGACGUUCACUUUGAACAACAACUGUCCUUCUUCAGUUUGGCCUGGAAUUCUCACUAGUUCGGGCCCUCCGUUAUCCACCACCGGCUUAGAGUUACCGUCGAAAGCUUCAUCGGUGCUAGACGUUCCUGCCACAUGGUCAGGCCGCAUCUGGGCUCGAACUCAAUGCGCAAACGUCAACGGCAUGUUCCAAUGCCUAACAGGCGACUGUGCCUCCGGUCAAGUCCCAUGCAACGGCGCUUUGGGGAUACCUCCAGUAACCCUAGCGGAAUUCACCCUCGCAGCGAACAACGGACAAGAUUUCUUCGACAUUAGUCUCGUCGAUGGGUUUAACUUGCCUCUCUCAAUCGCCCCGCAAUUAGGUUCCGGUGGUUGCACUCCGAUCAGCUGCACCGCCGACGUGAAUGCGGUUUGUCCUCCUGAAUUACAGGUUAAAGGCUCCGAUGGCGGCGCCGUUGCCUGCAAGAGUGCAUGUUUAGCGUUCAACCAGCCUCAGUAUUGCUGCACCGGCAAUUUUGGAACCCCGCAAACGUGCCCACCGACUACUUAUUCUAAUGUCUUUAAGAGCCAAUGCCCUCAGGCUUACAGCUAUGCUUAUGACGAUACGACUGCUUUGGCUUCAUGUACCGGUGGAGCUAAUUACCUUAUCACCUUUUGUCCUUGAAG